GCGGUGCAUCGGUUUGAUGAGAUGUUUGUUUCAUAAUUCACCAAAGAAAAGACAAAGCCAUGUGUAAUGUAAUGUAAUGCAAUGAAGUUCGUUCACUGUUGUUGGCGGCCACCUCUAAAUUGAACUCGAUCUUUUUAUAACACACCACUCAUCCAUCGAUAUCAAAAAUCAAAAAGAAAGAAACAAUCGAGAAGAAGAAGAUGCAGGAAAUCGUAAAAGCUGAGGAGAAGAAAAUCGGUAUGACUGAAGCUUGGUUGAGGAAACAUCGUCCUGUCUACCAAGCAGCCACCAAACAUCCUUUUAUCCGUACCAUUCGUGACGGCACUGUCCAAUCUCAUUCCUUCAAAACAUGGCUUGCACAGGAUUACUUGUUUGUUAGAGAGUUUGUUCCAUUUGUUGCAAGUGUGCUUAUAAAAGCUUGUAAAGAAUCAGAUGACAAUGAUGACGUGGAAGUUAUAUUGGGAGGCAUGGCUUCUCUUAAGGAUGAAAUUUCUUGGUUUAAGAGAGAAGCCAAUAAAUGGGGCAUUUCACUCUCAGAGGUUAUUCCUCAAAAUGCAAACAAAAACUAUUGUCAGUUGCUGGAAAGUUUGAUGAGUCCAGAAGUGGAUUAUACUGUGGCUCUUACUGCAUUUUGGGCAAUUGAAGCUGUGUAUCAAGAGAGUUUUGCAUACUGCAUUGAAGAAGGCUCAAAAACUCCACCAGAAUUGAAGGAGACUUGUGAAAGAUGGGGGAAUGAGGGGUUUGGUCAGUAUUGCAAAUCUCUGCAAAAGUUAGUGGAUCAGCGGUUGCUAAAGGCUUCUGAUGAUGAACUCAAAAAGGCUGAAGUUAUGUUGCUGAGUAUUAUUGAACAUGAAAUUGAAUUCUGGAAUAUGAGCCGUGGAAAUUAAUGUUUGAUUUUGUUUCAAAAGAAACCUUUUAUGUAUGUGUUGUGUGUAAAAUAAUGAAAGCUUGUUUAUGUUGUUAUAGCUUUAAGUAGUGUAUGGAAUGGAAUGCCUAGAUUAAUAAAA